GAUGGCUGUUGGACACGGUUUAUUUUAAAACCCACUAGGUCCGCCCUUCAUUGAUGUUGGAGAAACAAAAGAGUCUCACAGGAUUGUGCAGGUUGUUUCUGUGUCUGUCUGCUCUCUCCAGCAUCUGCCGCCGUGAUAAUCUCCCGGCUCUACCCCACACUUUCUCAUUAAUAGUUCUACACUCUUCGACCUUCCGGAUCUCACGAAGACACAACUGACGAUCUCACCCGUGCUUUUUUGACAACUCUACACAUAAUGGUUCUCGACCGUUUGCAACAAUUGGCUCACCAUGUCAAGGCCACCGCGCCUCCUCCUCACCCCCUCGAUCCUCUUUCGACAUCGGAAAUAGAUACCGCGGUGGCUCUGAUCCGCAAGGAGCAUGGCAAAGUCAACUUCAAUGCGGUCACGCUCUACGAGCCCCGCAAGAUCGAGAUGAUGGCCUGGUUGGCGGAUCCUCAAAAGGCCCCUCGUCCUGUCCGUAUGGCAGACGUGGUUGCCAUCGCGCCCGGCGGCAAGGUCUACGAUGGUAUCGUGGAUCUUGAGAAGGAGCAGGUCAUCGAGUGGAAGCACACACCUGGCGUGCAGCCUCUGAUCACAAUGGAGGAUCUGCAGGAGGUGGAGUCGAUCGUCCGCAAGGAUCCUAAGGUUAUCGAACAGUGUGCUAUCAUCGGCAUUCCAAAGGAAGAAAUGCACAAGGUCUAUUGCGAUCCUUGGACCAUCGGAUACGAUGAGCGCUUCGGCACCGAUGUUCGCCUGCAACAAGCCCUCAUGUAUUACCGCCCGCACGUUGACGAUUCUCAAUACACAUACCCCUUGGACUUCUGUCCGAUCUUCAAUGCUGAGACGAAAGAGGUCAUUCACAUCGACAUUCCCCCGGUACGGAGACCGAUCAGCAAGGCUCCUCCGAACAAUUAUGAUGUCAACUCCAUUGAGAAGGAUGGUGGCUUCCGCACGGAUAUCAAGCCCAUCCACAUCACUCAGCCCGAAGGUGUUUCCUUCAACGUCAACGGACGCAACAUUGACUGGCAAAACUGGAACAUCCACGUCGGAUUCAACUACCGCGAGGGGAUCGUGCUCAAUAACAUCACCUUCAAUGACAAGGGCAACGUUCGCCCGGUCUUUUACCGUCUCUCGCUGGCGGAGAUGGUCGUCCCCUACGGUAACCCGGAGCACCCCCACCAGCGCAAGCACGCUUUCGACCUCGGUGAAUACGGCGGUGGCUACAUGACCAACAGUCUCUCCCUGGGCUGUGACUGCAAGGGUGCCAUCCACUACAUGGACGCCGCCUUUGUCAACCGCGCCGGUGCCAGUACCAUCGUCAAGAACGCCAUCUGCAUCCACGAGGAGGACAAUGGCAUCCUCUUCAAGCACACCGACUUCCGCGACGAGUCGGUCAUCGUGACCCGUGCCCGCAAACUGAUCAUCUCGCACAUCUUCACCGCCGCCAACUACGAGUACUGCGUGUAUUGGAUCUUCCACCAGGACGGCACUGUGCAGCUGGACAUCAAGCUGACGGGUAUCCUGAACACCUACGCCAUGAACCCCGGCGAGGACACCCACGGCUGGGGCACCGAGGUCUACCCCGGCGUCAACGCGCACAACCACCAGCACCUGUUCUGUCUGCGCGUGGACGCCAACAUUGACGGGCCCAACAACACCGUCUUCCAGGUCGACGCCGUCCGGGGCCCCGGCGAGGUCGGCAGCGCCGAGAACAAGUACGGCAACGCCUUCUACGCCAAGAAGACCAAGUUCAACACCCCGCGCGAGGCCAUGUCGGACUACGAUGGUAACACCAGCCGCACCUGGGAGAUUGCCAACACCAACAAGCUCCACCCUUACAGCAAGAAGCCCGUCACCUACAAGCUGGUCAGCCGCGAGGUGCCUCCUUUGCUCCCCAAGGAGGGUGGCCUGGUCUGGAAGCGAGCUGGAUUUGCUAGACAUGCCGUCCACGUUACCAAAUACUCCGAUGACCAAAUCCACCCCGCGGGCCGUCACGUCCCCCAGACCUCCGGCGAGCCCUCCCAGGGUCUCCCCGCCUGGAUCGAGGAGGCCGGCGCCGACAGCUCCAUCGACAACACCGACAUCGUGCUGUGGCACACCUUCGGCCUGACCCACUUCCCCGCGCCGGAGGAUUACCCCAUCAUGCCCGCCGAGCCCAUGACCCUCCUCCUCCGGCCCAGACACUUCUUCGCCCGCAACCCGGCCCUCGACGUGCCGCCUAGCUACGCGCGCACGCCGUCUCAGAUUGCGUCAGAUUCUUGUGGUUGCUCAUGCAAGAAGAGCGACGGGUCUAGUGUGCAGGUUUAAUUUUAUUUGGCGGAAUUGUGACUCUUUCUUGUAUAUACCAUUGUUUAGG